AUCAAAUUAAUAAAUAUCCUUUGUUUGUGUCUCAUCGACUUUAUAAGACUUUAUUAAAAAAUGACUAGUGAAUACCGCUUUUGCCACAAUAAGAAACGUAGACUGCUAUCCCAUUCACAGAUCAUCCUUGUUUCAAGUGAUUCAAUUACAGCUGAUACUCAAGAAAAAACUGAUAAGCUCAUGCAAAACUUGGUAGAUGAGCACCUAUUAUUUAUGAAUCUGAAGGCGAACAACAUGGUCUCUAGUGAUGAUCUGCGGAUGUCGCUGAUGGUGGCCAGGCAAGAGUGUUUGGUGCUGCAAGUUUUGUUCUUUUUACACUUAACUUCUGUCCGCUCAGCAACCACGUUGUUGCAUAGUGGUCCAUGGAAGAAACCAGCUACCGACAUUGAUCCAACUACUGGCGUUCCUUGUUAUGAAGAUUAUUGUGACAGUGAUUAUCUUCUAGAGCAUAUCAAAUCAAAAAGUCAAGCGGCAAAGAAGCUUUCAGCAACUCGUCAUGAAGAACUUACUCUUGAACAGUCUAAUACUCUAAAUCAAAAUUGGCUCGAGCAUCCUCAUUUACGAUACUGCGGAUCUAAAAUGUUAGCAGGGGCCAUUUUAGUUGAGGGCCCAAAUUCAAUUUUAUUGAACACUGUUGAACCGUAUUCUCGCGACCCUUUGCUUGACGCCCAUUAUGAAAGAUUGACUGUUGGCCAGUCAAUAUUUCCAACGUCACUUGGUAUUUACGGAUUCUUAUCAUUUUGUUUGGUUGAUACACAGGACGGGAGAAAGUUAAUAGUAGGAACUCGAACUUGCAAUUUCCUCAUUACAUCAAGUAUGCGCCUGGACGUUCACUCUAUUAAUCUUGGACCAUCAACCACUCACUUCACCCCAACAAAGAAAACAAGGCUAUUUCUUGACAAGGCUUCACUUGAUAUCGUCAAAACAAUGCUUCAAGACGAAACCGUCAACCAGUGCCAACAAAUGCCUAUUUUAUACCAAUUGUGAUAAUUGAGAAUAAAAAGGG